AGUACUGCUGCUGCUGCUGCUGCUGCUCGACCUAUGCGAAGCUCGAUAUAUAGUAGUACUAUAUAACUCAACACAGAGUACACAGCGUGCAAAAAAUAUACCUACCUCGCAAUAGAUCGCGUCGCGUCGUCUCUCGUUACAUAGCAAACACACGAGCUGCUCCGUGCGCGCGCGACAAACAACGCACGCACACACACACAGACGAAAAAAAAGAGGCCUAUUUUUGGGGGAUAUAAUAAGUGCGAGUAAGUACGUCUUCCGUGAAGAUGACGAUUCGAUAUCGAGACGCAGCAGCGGAGGAGCUUCGCAGUAGAUCUAUAUAUUAGCACAAGUGCCCCAGCGAGCGUGUGGAGCAGAGAGAUGGAUCGACGUGCGAAUAAUUCGUCGGCGCGAGCGCGAUGAUUCUCUUCGGCACGCGAGUUUCGAUUGUUAUGUGAAAUAUAAGUGUGCACUACUCGGUUGGAGCUUUCGUGCUUACAAGCUCGCUCUCUCUCUCUCUCUCGCUCGAUAUAGGCACGCAAUUAAAAUACAUAAAUUAAGGGGCCAUUGAUCGGAGCAGCAGCAGCAGCUCCGAGCGCGUUGUUAUUAUGACCGACGUCGUGCUGGAUCGAGGCCUCAAUACUUAUCUGACUGCAGAAUGCAGACACGACAUUCCUAUAAUUGCGCAGCCGACAACGAGAGGCGGCCUCAGGGUUUACAAGAUCGUCGUCCUCGGCGAGGGCGGCGUGGGCAAGUCGGCGGUAACUCUGCAAUUCGUCAGUCACAGCUUCCUCAAGGAUCACGACCCAACGAUUGAGGACUCGUACCAGCAGCAAGCGGUGAUCGAUGGCGAAGCGGCUUUACUGGACAUCCUCGACACCGCCGGCCAGGUGGAGUUCACGGCGAUGCGCGACCAGUACAUGCGCUGCGGCGAGGGCUUCAUGAUCUGCUACUCGGUCACCGAUCGGCACAGCUUCCAGGAGGUCCUCGAGUAUCGCAAGCUCAUCACUCGGGUGCGCGCCAACGAGGACAUACCCCUGGUCCUGGUGGGCAACAAAUUCGACCUGCAGCCGAGGCGCGAGGUGACGACGGACGAGGGCCGCAGUCUCGCCGCCCAACUGGGCUGUCCGUUCUACGAGACGUCGGCGGCGCUGAGGCAGUUCAUCGACGACGCCUUCCACUCGCUCGUCAGGCAGAUACGCGCCAAAGAGCGCUCGAUAAGUUCCGCGUCGUCGUCGCGGAUCUCGCCCCGCAAGCGUAGCCGCUGGUGGAGGAUACGCUCGGUGUUCGCCUUCAUCUUCCGCAAGAAGCGCCGGUCCAUCGAGGGCGCGCGGCCUCCCUCUCCUCCCUGAAUUACACGUACGCGCGUAUUUACACGUUUAUAUAUAGGAGAAACACGAGACGUAUUAUUACAACCUGUUGAGACACAACGAAAAUCGAUGAGUUAGACACAAUAGUAGUCUUCCCCCCGUCUUUCGUUAUGGGUUUUUGUAGGUGCAGGGCGCCGCGGGCAGAGAGACACACGCGUUUUUUACAUGAUGAUUUGUCGAUAUAUAACCGUUGACGAUGCUUUAAAAAUUGUAUAUACAAAAAGUAAGCACUGGAGAGUGUCCCUUUAUUUAUUUGAUUCAAAAAGCAAUCUAGGGGAGGGCGUGGGGUGAGGCGGAAAAUAAACUAAGGGACACUUUCACAUGCACCCUAUAUGAGACGCUUAAUAUAGAUGAAUUAUGUUUGAUAUAUUUUCUAGACGAUGUUAUUACAAAUGAAAAGAAAAUUUAAACCAAAAUGUAAAUUAUUUUGUUAUGAUCGUGAAUGGAGAAGAGCGCGUUUACGGUAUUUUUCUUUCGCUGGAGAAAGAUACCUUUUCAAAGCAUUUAUGAAAUCUUAGAGUACGUUUAUGAGAUACCUUGCCCUUACGAUAUAGUGAAGAGAAAAAAAAACGGCCUUUUAUUGUAUAUUUGUAAAGAAAAUCCUAUAAUAGCCAAAUUUUAGAGAUGAUUUAUACAUUUUGUAGAUCAUUAUAAAGGAUGACCCCUUACGCGAAAUGAGAGAUUUCAAAUUAUAUAUUAUAGAAUAUAUACAAUAUUAUUAUAUGUGAGCUGUAGUGAAACAAAAAAAUACGCAUGCAUACACACAUCAAAGUACCAUCUAGUCACUACUUACAAAAACUACUUUUCCUAGUCAGAUAUUGCAUUUUUUAUCAAUACGAAAACACAAAAAUCAAGAUAAACGAAAUGACCGUUUGAUUUUUUUGUUGCAUUUUUUUUUACGAUACAUCCAACUUAGUGGAAGUGAUCACAUAAUCGAUGUGACAUACUAAGCUUUCAAACUCAUCCAAUAUCUAUACGCUAUUUUUAUUUUAUUUUAUUUUUUACAAUGGAUCAAAUCAAACUCACAGGGGAAAAAAUCAAAAUUACGAUUUUUUCGAGUAUUUUCAUCAGACUUGAAAAAGAUUCCAAUUUAUAUUUUGUGAAAACAAACUGCGACAAUCUAUCUACGACGAAAGUAUGAAAAUUUUAAUUUCCUGUAAAAAUGAUCAUCUUUCGAUAAUCAAACAAUUGUCAUCGGACUUCUUCAAUGUCUGCGACUUUCUACCGAUACUGCCACUUAUUAUUACUUUAAAUUUUCUGAUUAAUUACUUAUUUAUCUUUUUAUACUUUUUUCAA